AUGGAGGCGGCCCUACAGGAGCUGCAGCGAGUGCUUGGCGAGCAGGCGGCCCAGAUCCAGAGGCUGACCGAGGGCGCCCAGAGGCCAGAAGCGGGAACCGACGACAAACGGCUCGAGAGCAUCGUGGACACGAAGAUCCUGAGCAGGAUUGGGAUCUUCUCGGGCGCUGAUGAGGAAUGGAGGCAGUGGUGCUUCGUGUUCGAGUCGACGGCAGGGCUCGUCGACCUAGAGCAGAUCAUGACGCACUGCGAGGUCACGGAAAAGACAGAGCUAGGCUGGGCAGCGCAGUCGGAGAGGGUCCAGCUCAGGAUGAAGGUGCUGUACCACUUGCUGAUCGCCACGACGAGAGGCAAGGCCCCCACGAUUCUCCAGAUGGUGCCGAAGAACAACGGUGCCAUAGGCUGGAAAAGGCUGAAGGAGGAGUACGAGCCGAAGUCUGGUGGAAGGCUGACGGCGAUGCUCAUGGGAGUGCUGAGUCCCGAGUGGCAGACGGCCAUCAGAGGCGGCGUCCGCACGUGGGAGGCGGCCUGGAAGGAGUGGGAGAAGAGUGUCUCGCUCUACGAGGCCCAGUCCCUGGAGAAGGUCACGGAUGGCACGAGGAUUGCUGUCGUGGUCAGAUGGGCUCCAGAGGACAUGAUGGCCGUGGUCCGCCAGGCCCUGUGGUCGAUCGGCCAGGACUACAACAAGCUGGCCAAGGGGUACGGCAAGCAGGCGAGGAUUGAUGCUGGAAAAGGUCGGGACGUGGAUCGCGACACUUGCAAGGACUGUGGCAAGCGAGGCCAUUGGUCAAGAGACUGCUGGGCCCCAGGGGGUGGAUCAGCGAACCAGACGAAGGGCGAGGCCAAGGAUAAGAAGGGCGGCAAGGGCGGCCAAGAGAAGAAGAAGAAGUGCGACAAGUGCGGGAAGCUGGGCCACGAGACCAAGGACUGCAGGUCACACAUCAAGUGCGACAAAUGCGGGAAGCAAGGCCACAAGGCUUUGGAAUGCAGGUCGACGCCAGAGAGCGCUGAAGUCAAAAGGAUAGUCAUCGAGGAGGACGAGCUGCGGGUCAUGGGCGUCACCGAGAGUGUGAACACCACCGACGACGGCAGCAAGUACGCGUGGGUCUCGAUCGACAGCGGGUCGGAUGCCGACGGGUGCCCCCUUGGCUUCGGUCACUCGAGCGACGACGUCGACGACCCUGCCAGAGUAGAGCUGAGGACGGCCACGAACGAAGAGAUCCAGGAUUACGGCGAGCGGAACGUCGGCAUCGCGUUCCUGGACGAGACGGACCGCGAGGUGAUGACCACGAACCGAUUCCGCAUCGGAGACUUCAGAAAGCCUGUGCUCAGCUGUGGCAUUAGGGUCAUGAGGGGUGCCGUCAUUCACCCUGGGACGGGAAACAGCUACAUGGCCCCGCCGAGCGUGAACGGCAUCCAGAGGAAGAUGCUCCUGACGAUUCUCGGGAAGAGCUUCCACGCGAAGUGCCGUGUGCUGGAGGCGGGUGCUCACGGACAUCCACGAGAGAUCCUGGGCUCCCAGUCGUCGGUCGAGGCGCUGAGGGCACGCCUGAAGGAACUGAGGAGGCUGGGGAUCAUUGAUGCAGCCAUCUACGGCACCAAGAAGCAGCUAUGGGAGAGGCUCGUCAAGUGCGAGCACCAGCUGGACGAGAAGAUGAAGGUCAAGGAGGCCAUCGAGGAGCGCCAACGGCGACUUCAGGAAGGCGUCGAUCCCGAAGUGCCGAGGGCGCUAAAGAUCCCAGAGAGGCCAGACGCGGAGGCCGUGAGGCAGCAUGAGCUCACCCACGCGAAGUUCGAGCCCUGGCGCCUGGAGUGCGCGUUCGGAAAGGGAGAUGCUGCACCUCAUCGCGGAGUCCAGUUCCUCACGGACAAGGGGCCAGAGGUGCCCGUCGUGCAGAUAGACUGCCAUUUCUUAAAGGACGACGGCGACGAGACCGAGGACGCGGCCAACCGCUUCUCCACCACGCUGGCCGUCAUCGACUGCGACACGGGUGUCCCUUUGCAGCUCAGCCUCCCAGAGAAAGGAGGCAACCAUGACUACACGGUGACCUCGAUCGUGAGCUUCCUCAGGAGGCUAGGCGCCACGCAGCUCAGGCUCAGGAGCGACGGGGGGCCGAGCAUCGUCAGCAUAGCGAACGCGGUGGCGGCCAAGAGGCUCAAGUUCGACAACCACAAGGUCACAGUGGAGCAGACCCCCAGGUACUCGUCGCAGUCGCUCGGGGCCGUGGGGGCGCAGCAGAAGAUCUUACAGGGCCAGACCAGGACGAUCAGAGUAGCAACAGAGAAGAUGCUGGGUAUCAAGAUAGAGCCGAGUCAUGUUUUGUGGCCGUGGCUUGUUAGACACGCGGGCUUCAUCACGGAGAUGUUCCACAUAAAGUCGAAUGGGCGGACUCCUCAUCAGGAUGCGACCGGCACCAAGCACCACGGCGUCAUCUUGAAGUUCGCAGAGGCCGCCAUGUUCAAGCAUCCGAUGUCGUCGAGUGGCCAUAGGACUGGAGGCAGGCGCAGUCGCAAGUCAAAGCCGAUGUGGGAGAAGGGCAUCUUCUUGGGCAAGACCUACGAGAGCGACGAGUUCCUCAUGGGGACGUGCAGCGGGGUGCACCUGGUAAGGACGGUGCACAGGCUUCCAGAAGAAGACCAGAGCGACCUCGAGCUCGUGGCCAAGAUGGUCGGGGUCCCCUGGGACCGAGGCAUCGGCCAGAUCGGAAGGCCGAAAGGCGAGGAGGUGGUCAUUCUCCCGACUGCCCCGCCUGAGAAGAAGCAGGAGGAGGCAGAGGUCGACGACACCAAGGAGGAGAAGAAGGUUCCAGACACCACGGUUGAGAAGGGAGUUGCCGAGGACGGGCACAGCUACGUGAGUGCCAGGAGCAGGACAGGCAGCGGCUGCAUGGAGGACGCGGGGCUCCCUACACCGAGGCAAGAAGCAGGCGACAGCUCGUCAUCUCGUCCUGCCCAGCCGACUGGGGAGUCAGAGGUCCCAGAGAUCGAGAUGGGCACCGUUGGAGGCGUCGACGGCUUCGUGAUGGACGAGAUCGACCCGAUGCCCGUCAUGGAUCCAGAGAUGGACAUCGACUGGCACGAGGGCGAGUACGACGUUGACCUCAUCAAGGCAGGCAAGUGCAAGGAGAUCAACACGAUGCAGGAGUUCGAUGUGUUCGAAGCUGUGUCGCCUGACAAGAUUCGCUGUCGCUUCGUCGCCAGGGAGUUCAAGAACAUGGACCCCGAGCGCGAGGGGCUGUUCACGCCGGCCAGCGAACCCACGGCUGGCAAGCUCAUAGGUUUCAAAGCGGCGAAGCGGAACCAGCCCACCGUCAUCAUUGACGCCGUCAACGCCUACUUCCACGCGGCUGAGGCACUCAAGGGCAACACCACGAGGACGAUGUGGAGGAUGAAGAAGAAGCUCUAUGGCGAGAGGGACGCGAGCAGAGGCUUCAGCGACUGCAUGAACCGUACUCUCGUCUCAGAGAUGGCAUUCACGACCGAGCUCGGCAGUAAGGUCAAUAUCAAGGUGAGCAAGUUACUCAAGGCGGGUGCGAAGUACCAGCAUCUGAAAGGAGGGCGAGUGAGAGUUGAGGAUGGCAUGUUCUUGACUGGCAACAAGAAGUACGCAGACAAGAUCAUAGAGCUACUGAACCUUGGCAAGGCCAAGAGCUCGCCCACGCCCAUUGUGACGAAGCUGCUGAAGGAGGACAGCGAGCACCCUCUGAACGCCGAGAAGACCAGGCUCUACCGACAGUGCGUGGGCAUCGCGAGGUACAUGGUAAAUUACGUCACCGAGGUCACGUUCGCUGUUCACGUGCUGAGCAAGAGGCUGGCUGCGCCCACCGACAACGACAUGAAGAGGCUCAAGCACCUCGGCAGGUAUCUACUUGGAGUUCGUCACUAUGCGCUGUUCUUCCCUAGAGCUGGAGAGGCAGAUAUCUUGGAGUGCUACGCCGGCUCGGAUUGGGUUGGAGACUCCAUCGGCAGAAAGAGUGUGUCAUGCGGGGUGUUGUGCUGCGGCGGCUGCGCGCUCCUCGAGUAUUCGCGCGGCCAGAUCAGCCAAGCGCUGAGCUCGGGGGAGGCGGAGUACUGCGCGUCAGUGACGGCCGCUGCCGAGGCGAUCCACCUCCAGAGCGUGAUGGGGUUCCUGGACAUGGACGCGAAUAUCAGAUCCGCAUAG